AUGAUGUUUGACAUGGCCCCGUUUUGUUGUAGAAAUGUGGAGCGGCUGGCUCCCGGAGAGAAAAGAUUGCUUUACUCGUUGUAUGGAGUAGUUGUUCAUUCUGGUAGUUUAUCUGGUGGUCAUUACAUUGCUUACGUUAAGAGUCGUCAUAGAUUGAAACAGAAUGGGACUACUACAAUAGAAAAUCUUUGUGAGGAAUCUGACAUAAAUAAUGAUGGUCAGUGGUACUACUGUAGUGAUAGUCAAGUAUUAGCUGUUAAUGAAAACCGUGUUCUUUCCGCUGAAGCAUACAUUCUUUUCUAUGAGCGGGUGCUAUAG